UCGGUGUGGCCAACUUCUGGGGGAAUUUAAUCACCACUCCUUACGUGGAGUAUGUGAUAUAAACAUAUGAUUGUCCAUUUAUUCAAAAUUACAACAAAUUUAGGGCAAUAACGAUGUGGGUGGGUUCGGGAUCUGAGCCUGAUCCCGGAGGUGGCAAGGGCGAAGAGGGCUCAACAGGUGCCUCCAGCCACCAGGAAUUUAUAGACCUCAAAGAUCAGUUCGAGCAGCAACAGGUUUUAAUAGCACAGCUAAAGGAAAUGUUACGGAAAACCGAAAAUACGAACGUUACCCAAGAAAAAGUGGAGGAAUAUGCCAACACUCUUACACGAAUGAGUGCGCGCGUUAAAAAAAAUCGGCUUCAACGAAGCGAGCAAGGCGAUGAGGGUACCGCCUCGGAAACGCCGGCGUCCGAAAAAAUUAUGUUGUUACGUCAACAGUUGGAAGAAAACAGGUUGCGUUUAGCUGAACGAGGAAAAUUCCAGAAAGGCAUGGAAGAAACGGUGACCCAGUUAAAGGCCCAAUUAGACGAUUCGCAACAACUCAUUAGUUUAACUCCUUUAAAGCCAUCUGUAGCUGACACCCGAACCGAUUACAGUAUUGACACUAGCCACGAAGAAUUGUAUAAUUUACUCUUAAUUAAAGAUAAGAAAAUAACGGAACUAAAUGCCAAAGUACAUAAAUUAGAAGGAAACGUCUUAGACUUACAAGAGAACCUCAAGGAGAAAGACUCGGUGAUUGACGCCCGAACGAAGGCAAUUACUUUAAUGACUGAAAGUCUAAGUAAAAAGGGUAAAAAUACCCUCGACGCUUUGGACGAUACCAAAGAACAGAUGCGUAAAAUGCAAGAGAAUUUUGUCACUUUAGAAAUGGAAAUGAAAGCCGAGAAAGCGGAAUUGGUAAAUCGUCUCGAACAAAAAAUCGCUUUGGUCACCGAGUUACAGUCCGCCAAUUUUACUUUGGAUCGAAGUAACUCGGCCCUCCAGGAAGAUGUUAAGAUCUACCGAUCGAAACUGGAGGAAGUACUCUAUGCAUCCGUCGACAAGGAAACUGGUGCUUUGCAAGAUCCGGUGGAGCUCAGUGAACAGUUAAACGCAAAGAUGGCGGAAAUAUUCGCUCUGAAUGAAGAGAACGCGAUGUUGAAAACGGAAAUUAUCAAGGUAACAUCACACUCGGACAAUUUGCAACCGGAGGUGGAUGCCUUGAGAAAUCGCGUCUCCGAGUUGGAGUCGCUUAACGCGGAAUUGUCGCGGUUGGAGGGCUCGCCGAGGGAUUCCCCGCAACGCGGCAAGAAGGGUAAAAAGGGUCCGAAGGGCAAGGCGAAAGAAGUUGAUCCGCAAAAGGUUAUCGACGGUCUCAAGGACGACUGCGACAAGCACAAGGCGAAGGUAAUGGAACAUGAGCUAACAAUUCAGGAGUUGAACGCAACCGUGGCCGAGUUGCAAGCGGCUAGUCAGUCGGCCCCUGUGGAAACCGAGGAGGUUGCCAAAUUGAAGAAGCAGGUUGACGAGGGUAAUAAAAAUAUGAUCAAAAUUAAGGCGCAACAUAAGAGCAAGUUGAAGGAGUUGAAUAAGAAAAUUGAUGAACUUAAAAAGGGAGCUGCAGGGCAGGAUGGUAUCGUGGAGCAGCAAAAUGAGAUAACUAAAUUGAGGGAGGCCAUUGGAGAGUUGGAGAAGAGCAAGGAGGAAUUGCUUUUGAAAUUGGAAACAGAUUCGUCAAAUACGGAACGUAUUAAGGAAUUGGAGGCACAGCUGUUCGAGCAAUCUGAGUUACUCGAUAACAAGGAAUCACAACUAAAAUCGUACAAAACGGAGUUGCUAUCGCUCAGCGAGCGAUUUAACAAACUCUCCCAAAUCGAAAACGACCAAGUGGCCACCGAAAUGACCUCGAUACACUUCGAAGAACAGCUCGAUAAUUUAGAAUUGGAAAAGAAGGCUCUGAUCGAAAAGAACGACCUAAUCAUGUUGGAAAAGGAGUCGCUUUUGGAGAAAUUGGAGAACCUGGCGACGGAGAAGCAGGAGAUCGCGAGCAAAUUGGAUAGCUACAUGCAGGAGAAUAUGGACCUCAUUGACAAGUUGGAAAAGUUGAGCGCCGAGAAGGUGUCGUCGGCCGAAAGUAUCGAAAUGGUUGAAAAUCUCACGCAGCAGGAGAAGUUAGAGUUGGAGGCCUACCAGCAAAGUUUGGAGUUAAAUUCGGGCGGCGCUAUCGAAACCUUAGAUCCGAAUCCUGAGCUGAAUGAGAGUGUUAAUCAACUUACGGAGGAGACUUGCGACUUGCUUAGGAAAAUUGAGCUGUUUACUGAGGAGAGAAAGGAGGUUAUGGAAAAGAUGGAAACGCUAGCCACCGAAAACAGCCAGUUAAAUAUGAAAGUGCAAGAAAUUGAGAACAACCGAGAUAUUCUGUCUGAGACCUACGAGCAAUUACAAAAUGAGAAGGAGAGCGUCGAGCAGGAGAGAAAUACCCUGAAGCUUUUAGAACAGGAAUUAAAUAACGAAAUUGCCCAACUGAAAAAGGAGAACGAAAUGCUCAAGCAUGAAAUCAAAAGUGGAAGCGAGAACGAACAAGUGAUGUCAUUCGAAACCGUAAUGCCAUUAGAUGACACGAAGGACGCCGAAUUACAGAAACAAAUCGACGAGUCCAGAAGCCUGGUAGAGCUGCAAAAGAGUGAGAUAAAGGAGUUGAAAGCAGAACUGCUGUCGUACAAAGACUUACCGGUGGCGAAUAGGGAGCUGCACGAAAAAAUAACAACUUUAGAAGAGCAAUACGCGGCUCUCAAAUCCGAAAACGACAACCUAAGCAAAACAAUCAAGGAGACUUCGGAAGUGGUCCAAGAGAAGCAUGUAAUGGAAACGGAACUGACGACGGUUCGCAGUCGAAUCGCCGAAUACGACGCGAAACUACGCGAAAACCUUGACGAACUAGAGAACUACAAAGCGAUAAUCGAAGAAAAUCGAGAGGAGCUCAUUUCGAGCUCGAACGUCAUCGCCGAUUUGCAAGAGAAAGUGCAGGAAAAGCAGUCCGAAAUUGGUCAUUAUCAGAACGAGGUGUCACAUUUAAAUUCCGUGAUCGCGGAAUUAAACAGUGCGCUCUCCCACUUGGACUCGGAGAAUCGAAAGAAUAACGAGUACGUCGACACGAUCGAGGCGAUGUCCGGACAGCUUCAGGAGCUCAAGGCGCUCCUCAACGAGAACAUCAAUCAGAUCGAGGUUUACGAGCGGGAGCUGCAGCAGAAUUCCGUUACGAUCGGCAAGCUGAACACUCAGCUGAAGGAGUUGGGCGAGAGACUGCUGGAUAUGGAGCACGAGUUGGCGUGUAAGGAUGACGAAAUAAGCAAACUGAAUAAGGAGAGGGAUAACAAGGAGGUGAUGAUCGUGAAUUUGCAAGAUCAGUUGAGGCAGAAGGAGGAACGGUUUAGGGAGGUUUGCGAGUCGUUAAACGCCAAGUAUCUUACGCUGCAGAGUCAAAUUGAGCAGAAUGCUGGGUCGUUGAGUAACAUAAAGGAUCCAUUAUCAAAAAUAGAAGCCUUAGAAACAAAGAACAAGGAACAACUUGAGAAAAUGAAAAAAAUAGCGGCAAAUUUAAAAAAGAAAACUACCGCCUACUCCGAAUUAGAACUGAAAUGCAAGGAUCUGACCCAAACACUCGAAACGCGAGAGAAAGAGAAACAGUUUUUGCAAGAGAGUAUUGACAACCACGAGGACGAGAUUAAAUCGCAGAUGCAGCAGCUACAAAAUCUGGAGGAAAAAAUGGCCGCCAUCGAAACUUUACUAACGCAAAAAUCGAACGAACUGGACGAGCGCAGUCGCGAAAUAACGACCUUGAAGCAGAACUUCGAGGAAUUGCAGCACGCGAAUCGAGACUUCGAGUCGCAGCUGAACGCGUUGAGAACAGAAACCGAAAUGCAACAUUCGAACGAGAGCAACUUUUUCAACAUCGAAAUCAACGAAAAGAACCAGAUCAUUGAAAAUCUAAAUCGCCUGCUGGAGAGCACGCAGUACCAGGCCGAGACGAACACGAACGCCCUUCAGGCGAAGAUAACCGAAAUGGACAUGGUGGUCGAGAAUCAGGAGACGGAAAUCUCCAAGUUUAAGGAGAAAAUAAAUAAACUGGAGGAGUUCAUAUCGACGAUCGAAGAGCGCCGGCUCUCGCUCGAGAAGCAAACUGUCGAGUUAAAUGCCCAGUUGCUGGAGAAGUCCAACAGUUACGAGGAAAUUUCGCAAGCCGAAGACGUGCUGGAGCGACGACUUGAGGCGCUAACCGCCCACGAUGAGCAGGUGCAGCGACGACUGCACACCGCGGUUGUCGAAAACCAGGAGUUGACGGAACAGAAUCAACGUUUAAUGGAAGAAAAUGACGAACUUAAGCAUCAUCUCAGCGCGGCGACCGAGAAGAACCUUCAAUCCUCGUCGGAUCAAGAGACCUUGGCAAGUUUACAGGGUGAGCUUUCGCACCUUAACGAGGUUAUUGGGCGACUCGAAAACGAAAACAAACAUCUACACGAGAAUUACGAACGGAAACUUGGCGAGAAGGCGGCCGACAUAGAGACGUUAGAAUUGGAACAGCAGAAUCAAGUUGAGCAAAUCGCGCUGGAACGUAAGAGAUUGAUCACGCAAUGCGAGCAAAAAGAAGACGAGCUGAGGGAGUACGUCGAGAAGCAAUCGUUAUACGUUGAAGACAUUAAGAAUUACAAGCAAAAGCUGGAUCAGCAGCAGAGCGAUUUUGAGGAACAGAUAAAGGCGUUUGAGAAACUUAGCGAAGAACAUAGGAAGAACCUGGCGGUUAUGGAAGAUCUCGAUGCGGAGUAUCGAGAGUUGAAAAGUAAAAAUGUGGAGUUUGCGGAUUUAGUUAGGUUGAGGGACGAGGAGGUGCACAAGUUGACGCGUGAAAUGAACGAGCUGAGAAGUCAACUGCAACAGCACAUGGAAAUUAAUUCCGAUCUUGCACAGCAGAAUUCGAGUUUGACUGAUCGAAUUCAAGGGUUGGAGCAGAAACGUGAAGAACCCAAAACUAAAGAACCCGAACCGAUCUCUACGUUUACUUGGUCCGAUUCUACCACCGAUGAUCGCUUUGACUUCGUAAAAAAGGAGGCGGUGGUGGUGGAACCCGUUGCGCAAGAUCUAUUUCAAGCGCCAGUAGAAUCCGAAAACAAAUCUAACGAUACAACCGACGAUUUAACAUUGAAAAUAAAAUCCUUGGAGUUCUUGUUGUACAAUACAGAAAAGGAAAAGGAAGACCUUUCGGUUCAAUGUCGACAGUUAACUACUGAAAUUGCCAGUUUGAUUUACGAGAGGCAAGCUGCUGAAAAUAACAGACCUGUUGUGUGCCACAAAUGUAGGAAGGUAGAAGCCGAAGACGACUUAAAUGAGCAGAUAAUUCCGUCUGAGAAUGUAGCCAUAACUGAAGCUGAUCUAAGACAGCUGCGGCAGGUGGAAUUUCAGCCAACUAAACCGUGCAUUGACACACCCGAUUCAAAAAUACCCGUAACUGAAGACGUGAUUCCACAGACCACCGCCUACUUAUGCUUUCCUUCCGAUUCGCCUCAUGAAGAAAGUGCCGACUUUGCCAGCUCUCUUCACUUAGACACGUUUGAUGAUAACGACGAUGGGUGGGGUUGUGGACCAGAGGAAGCCAAAUUGGAGGAGGUUUACCAACAGCAAACCACCCCUGGCACCUUCAACCAAAAUCUUAAUCUGCACAUCGAAGAAUUAGAUGAGAAAGUGCGCGCUUUAGAAAUGGAACGUGAUCGGCACCUCGAAGAAAUUAAACAAUUACAAAUUAAAUCUGGCAAGCUGAUUAAAAAACUGAAGGAGUACAAAUCGGCAAACGACAAAUUAACAUCUGACAUUAAAAGGUUAGAUUUUGUAGGGCUCGAUGACGCGCUACAAGAUGAACUUCAAUCUCAAAUCGUUCACCUAGAAAAGCGCGUUAAAGAGACCAGCGCGGAGCUACAAAAGGAAAAGACGGAAAAGAGCGGUCUGCUACAGAAGGUGGGUACCCUUCAAGCAAGCAACGAACGUAUGAACGAGCUGAAGGAAAAACAAAACGUCGACUUUAUGAUGCUGCAAAGGCGCAACAACGAGUUGACCGCGAAACUGGAGCAAUUCGAGUGGGGUAACGAAGGCUUUGACUCACCCGCGCAUGCGAAAGCGGAGCCCGCCUCGACGUCCGUCGAUUCGUACGCGGCAAAGAUUGAGGAGCUAAACGAGACGAUUAAAGAGUUAACUCUCGAUAAUGAGGAGUUGCAAACAAUGCUCGAGGAGCAGAGGCUGCUGCGGCUUAAUGCCGAGAAAACUAAAGCAGUCGAACCCGAUCCGGCUAAUAUGAAAACCGAAGACGAAUACCUGAAGGUCGUAGCGGAGUGCAGGUCGCUUAACGAUCAGUUGCUGUCAAGUUUAGAGGACAAGAAAAGCAUGCAAGAGGAGCUAAACAGUUUAAUAAAAGUGAAGGCCGAAUUGGAGAUCGAUCACGAACGGUUAAGCAAGGAGAAGGCCGAUCUCGACGUGCAACUGUCGCAAAUCCGUUUAACACUCGAAAAUAAGGAGCGGCAAGGUCACGAAAAUCAAGCCACCGCGCAGACAGAACUGGAGGAGGCAAGGCGAAGAAUUUUGGAAUUGGGCGAUCAAGUGGACGGUCUCGACAAGGAAUUGCAGUCGAAAAUUCUGCGGUUGGAGGAGGUCGAGGAAACUGUGAGAUCCAUAACGGAAGAGAAGAGUGAAUUGGCGAGGCGAGUAGAAGAAAGGGACGCGGAAUUAAGUGAGCUAAAGGCGCUUUGUGCGGACAGUGAAGGCAGAAAGGCGGGACUGGAGGAGGUGUCGCGGCAGGUACAGCGGCUGACCGACGAGAAGGGGACGCUUUUCGAACAAGUGAGAUUGCAAGGGGAGGAGCUCGCGGAGAAAUCGAGGCGAUUAGAUGAAGCGGAUUUGGAGAGAGCCACAUAUCAAUCGUCUCUUGAGAAAUUGGCAGAGGAAUGGAGGCAGAGAGUCGACCAGAGGGGUAGCGACGUUGCCGAGAGCUGGAAGUUACAUUUGGAAGCUCAAGAAACGGAGUUUUCGCAGGUUCAGGGUCAGUUACGAAAAGAGAUUAGUGACCUUGAAGAAAAAGUGAACAUACUCGUCAAUGAAAACAACGAACUGCGACGAAAUGUGGAUGCGGAAAUCAAAAAUGAGGUUGAUAAAAUGUCGGCUCUCCAACAGUACAUCAACGAAUUAACGCAUUCGUUGCAAGAAUGUCAAGCGAAGAUUAGCGAACAGGAGCGGCAAUUGACAGAGUCUGCGCAAUGCUAUAGCCAAAUACAAGAGAAGGAUAGCGAAAUUGCAGAACUUAGGUCCUUACAAAUUGAGCGCGAUGACAAAAUUGAGGAGCUCAACAAACAAUUGGAAUCUGUACAGCGGCAGUUGGACGAACACGUGGAGCUCAAAGCGAAUUUAGAAAACGAGCUAGUAGCUAAGGAGGCUGCUAACGAACGACUUAUGUUAGAUACUCAGCAAAAGGACACGAAUCUGUCUGAAAUUCAGAACGACAAACGCAUCCUAGAGAGUGAAAUCACAACCUUAAAAUCGCAAAUGGAGGACAAACUGCGGGCCGUUGAUCUCUUGACAACUCAAAUAAAAACGUAUAACGCAAACGCCGACGACAAGGAUCAUCGAAUUGCCGAUCUCACCAAUCAGCUUCUUCAGCUCACUGCGUUAUCGGACGAAAAUCGUCGCCAAAUUGCCGAUCUUCUUUCGGAAGUCGACAGGUACAAACAAGCGAAGGAAGCUCUCGAAUCGAAAGACAGUGCUCUAACCCUCCAACUUGGCAACCUCAAGGUUUUGAUUAACGAAAAGGAGAAGGAGUUUGAGUCGUUGUCUCAACAGUACUUGCAGAACGAAUCUGAGCUUAAACUGCAUUAUGACAAUCAACUCCGCUCCAAGGAUUCGGAAUUGGAAAUUGCAAACGCUCGACUGCUCCAACACGCGCAAAGCAAUGAAGCGUUUGCCGAACAGCAGUCGCAAUUGAACGCGCUCGUUGCGGAACGCGACGAGCUGCGGCGGAAGUUAGCGGAAGAGGAGGCGUUGAGCGGCGAGGAAAACAAGCAGCUGAACGAUCUCAGGGCGAUCAUCGAAGAUCAGGUGCUCAAAAUUGAAGAGCAGAAGCGCGAACUGUACGAGAAGAGUAAGGAUUACGACAGCCUCAUCGCCGAGCUGGAUUUGAGGAAGCCGAGCGUUAACGUGCACCAAUCGGAGCCGGUUUAUCCGGAGCGCGAGUCCGCCAGCGACAACCCGGAGAUUUUCGAGCCGACAAGUCGCGCCGAGUUGGAUCUCGCGCUGUAUAUGCUGCAUCAACGCGAUGUUAGAUGCGAGGAGCUCACUGUCGAGCUGAUGCAGUUGUUAGAGGAGCGCGAUACGCUACAGUUGAAGCUGUCAAACGCGAUCAGGGAGAGGGAGGAGCUUCGACGGAAGUACACGCCCGAGCUGCUGUCGGAGUCGGUAAGCGAAGAGCCUUUGACACCCACUAAACAGUCUAUACCCGCAUUCGUUGAACUUGCCAAAGCCGAUGAUACGACUCCUUUAGCGAAUAAAUUGUCCCAGUUAAAAUCGGUCGGCUACAGAAAGGAUAAAACACUGCUAGACGAGCAAGAGCAGAGGCAACUUUUGCAGCUGUCACUUAUGCAGCAACAUCGUGAGGUUGCCUCGAGACUGCCCCCGGAAGCCGCCGCUAAAUUAGUGCAGGACGCCAGCUAUACUUUAUCUCGAGAUGUGCAGAGUCCUCCGAAAGUUCUGCUGAAUUGGCUCUGGGGUAAAAGCACGCCGAAAGUGAAUGAGAUUUAGGUAAUUUUGUUAAUUUUUGUACAAUAUUUUUAAAGGUGCCUUUAUAAGUUCUUGUUGUGAUAGUUACGCGUCUGUGUAAAUUGCAUUUUAUUUUAUCGAGCGUGUUAGGUGCAUGUGUGCAAGUUUUUUGUAAAGUUUUGUACAAUUUUUAGGUUAGGCUAGGUAUAUAUAGAAAUUGUACAAUAAAUAAAACGGCGGUUA